GGCAAUAACACAGCGAGAUAAUAAUAAAACUGACCAGUACUGACACCUAUACAAAUAAAAAGAUUUAUUUUAAGGUGGCGGUACAUAAACAGUUGUAAAGGUAAAACGCUGAGCAAACUGCUAGCAAAACUGUUAGCACAACUUCUCUGCUAGCUUGUUUCUACUGCUAGUCAGUUAGCAGACGUUAGCCGACCUGUGAGCCGGUGCGAAGCCGCAGCAUGUCGGCGCACUUCGAGGAGAAAAGUGGUGUCGUCCCCUGCAAGACCCCCUGGGGAUCCUGGUACCAGACCAUGGAGGAGGUCUUCAUCGAAGUCAAUGUGCCUCAAGGGACCUCCGCUAAAGAGGUCAGGUGCCAUUUAGGAAGCAGAGACAUCGAGUUGUUCGUCAAAGGGAAGGAGGUCUUCAAGGGAAAGCUGCUUGACACAACCGUGUCUGACGAGGCUACGUGGACACUGGAGGAUAAGUGCCUCAUCCGCAUCAUUCUCAUGAAGACCAACAGAGAGGCGGGGAACUGCUGGUCCUCCCUGCUGGAGGGGGAAUACUGUGCGAAUGCCUGGGUCCAGGACCAGAUGCAGAGAAAACUCACUCUGGAGCGGUUUCAGCGAGAGAAUCCUGGAUUUGACUUCAGCGGCGCAGAGAUCUCUGGGAAUUUUGCUGGCGGUGGUCCGGACUUCUCCAGUUUACAGAAGUGACCGAUGCCAUGAUGUGAUAACACAUGCUGGAGGUGUUGCAUCUGCCUUUCAUCCAUGGCCCGCAGAGGAACAGUGGAUUUAGGAAGUCUUCUGUGAUGAGACGCCCUCAAAAAAACAAAAAAACCCUGCCUUUAAAAGUACUCAAAUACCAGCUGUACUCUAAGACGUUGUAUGACUAGAGACUUUCCACAGCGUUUCCACUUUCGUUUGAAGGUUCUCAGCUGUGAAGGACUGAUUUUGUUUAAGCCUGAUUUGGCAAGUUGCAAGGCUCAUUUUGCUGGAGGAUGUUGAUGGGAACUGUUUACAAGAAACCUGUGAGAUGUGUUGUCUUUCAAUAAUGACAGUAAUGCACACAGCAAUAGCUUUUCAAUAAAGUUUUAUUGAAAGGUACACGAACAUAGGUUAAUCAGAUGGUGUAUUCAAUUAGCCAUUUUGAACUUGAGAACACAUUUAUUCUUGUCACUAAAAGAAAACUACUUGACAGGGAAACUGGCAAAGAAAAUGCAAUAUCCAAUCCACAUUUCCACUGCAAUAACUUUUUUUUUUUUUUUUUUAAAUUGUUCUCUGCAUAAUUGACAA